AUGUUUGCUCAGCUAUUAGCAAAUCAAGAAUCUGCAAGGAUUGAGAAUAAGGCAACAUUUUCUCUCCAUGAAACUGCUAUCAAGAAUCUUGAGGUUCAAAUGGGUCAACUGGCUUCACAAAUGAAUGUACUCACAAGAAGCAGCUUACCAAGUGAUACCAUUCCCAAUCCAAAAAGGGAUGGUAAUGAAGAGUGCAAAGCUAUCAGUUUGAGAAGUGGAAAGCAACUACCUGACAUUCAGAGGCCUAGUAAGACCGACAAGGACAUCACUAACAGUAUGGUGACUGAUCUUGAUACAAAUGAGCUUUCAGAAGAAGGUGAGGGUAAAAUGGUUGAUGAUAAAAAGAGGAAGACAACUCCCCCUCCUGCUACACAGAUGCCGCCACUUCCCUUUCCUCAAAGGUUCAGGAAGAAAGAUGAAGAUGUCCAGUUCAAGAAAUUUGUGGACAUGUUUAAGCAAUUACACAUCAACAUCCCGUUUGCUGAAGCAUUAGAGCAGAUGCCUAAAUAUGCUAAGUUUCUUAAGGAUGUUCUCUCCAAGAAGAAGAGAUUUGGUGAAUUUGAAAGAGUAGCCCUUACUGAAGAUUGUAGUGCCAUCUUGCAGCGAAAACUCCCACCCAAAUUGAGAGAUCCAGGCAGUUUUUAUAUUCCAUGCAACAUAGGCAAACACUUCAAUGGAAAAGCCCUAUGCGAUUUGGGAGCAAGUGUUAACCUGAUGCCUCUAGUUGUAUUCAAUCGAUUAAAUUUGGGUGAAGCAAGGCCAACAACUGUUACAUUGCUCUUUGCUGACAGAAGUAUCUCAUAUCCAAAAGGGAUUGUAGAAGAUGUCUUGGUGAAGGUAGAUAAAUUCAUAUUCCCAACUGAUUUCAUUGUGUUAGACUGUGAGGUAGAUUGGAAUAUCCCCAUUAUUUUGGGACGGCCAUUCUUAGCUACCGUAAGAACCCUCAUUGACGUAGAAAAGGGUGAGAUCACCAUGCGAGUAAAUGAUGAGAAUGUGAUAUUCAACAUGAAUCAAGCCUUGAAGUUUCCAUAUGAUUCUGCUCACUGUAAUUGUAUCGAUGUGAUUGAUUCUACAAUGCAAGAGGAGUUGAUUAACUCUUUGACCAAAGACCCAUUAGAAGCAUUGUUGAUUGGAGAAACAAGUAGUAUUGAUGGCAAGGUUGAAGCGUAUGCAGAAAUGAUGAGUAUUGAAGCAUUUCCGUAUCGAAAAGCUAAGACUUUUGAGCGUCUGGAUGUGACUAGUGCUUUAAACUCUCCUCUAAAGCCUUCUGUGGAUGAACCGCCGAUGUUGGAGUUGAAGACUUUACCGUCACAUCUCAAGUAUGCCUACUUGGGUAAUUCUACUACAUUACCUGUGAUCGUUUCUUCUUAG